AUGACGAACGAGGCAGAUAAAUUAAGCGAGUCGCGGCAAACGGGCGGUGAAAUGGAGGCAGAUGAAAUGGAAGCAGGUGAAAUGGAGGCAGGUGGGAUCGGUAGUGGCAGUGGCAGUGGUGGUGGUACCGCCAAGAGGAAAUAUGGCAGCAGCAAGGGCGGCGAAGAUUCCAAGUUGCUGGUCACAAAGGAUAAGAAAGUGCGGCACUCGCAGGCAUGCGACAGAUGCAGGUUGAAAAAAAUCAAGUGCGACGGGCUGAAACCGACCUGUUCCAACUGUUUGAAGGUGAACUACAAGUGUUGUACAAGUGACCGGUUGAGAAGGCGCGGGUUUCCGCGGGGCUACACGGAGAUGCUGGAAAAAGAGGUGGUUCGAUUGCAGAAGCUGGUGAGUGGUGGCGCAGGUGUAGAAGAGGUUGCUGACGGCGGCGCAGAGGCAGGUGGCGCAAUCGCGAGCACGAAACCUGCCGAGUCCGGCAGAGGUCCUCAGCUGCCUUUCAUCAACGACACCUUUCAUCGCUAUAACAACUACCGCUGCGGGGAGAGUUUUCUCGGUCAUUGUACUUGGGAUGUUCUGCUGAAGCACCAUGUGGGGGAUAAUAAUAACUUUGUUGACGAAAGCUGGCUAGACGAGUGCAAUCUUUUCAUGAUUGUGAAUGCCCUACACAUAGAUCACCAAAAUUCGUUCCUCCCAAAAUUUUUAAUAUUCAAAUACAAACGCGAUUUCAAGAAGUUGGGAAAGCUUAUUACAAAGGCGAUAGUCCAUUUCAACAAGUUCCAAAAUUCUCUAGUACCGUUAUUGCAGCCUUUUGAGCACUGGAAGAAUCAGUUUAAUAAAAUUCUAAAUUCAAGCUCACAACAUCAACAUCCAGAUCCUUUGUUUUUGCUUGCGUUGAUUUACAUCAUUCAGCUGUAUUGGUCGUGUUUUGAUGAUUGUAAACUGUUUCAAUUGACAAAAAUAAUCUGCUCUUCGGGCAAAUCGACCCUAGAUCAAUUACAGUUACUUUUAUUAUCUUGUUUUUAUUUUAUGGGCGGUUUGACAAGUAAUAAACCAAACAGCAUUCAUAAAAUUUGGUCAACAGAGCUCUUGCAUCUCUCAUUUGCUAAAGUUAUUGAUUUAGGUCUUUUUAUCAAUUCAAAUCGUUUGGUGCCCGUGAAUAGUAGCAAAGAGGUGAAUGGGAUCAUCGGUAGUGACCAUGAGAAAAGACUAAUUUCGUUUUGGUCUUUCCAAUUUUUGGAUUCCUUAUCGUCGUUAUUUCAAGGAACACCAAAAAUAAAUUUUCUAAAUGACGAGUUUCAUCCACAGUCGAUAAAAUCGUUGCAUACAUCAAUUGGAAAUUCUUUUUUGAAACCAUUUUCAUUAAUUUCAGAUUUAAUUGUGAAUUCGCUAGAUGGAUGUAAUCUACUGCAUGUUUUAUCAAAUAGUAGUAGUGGGAGAUCACAGUUAAUUUAUGCGACGGAAUGUUUUAGAAAAACUUUAAAAAAAUUGAAACUUUACCAUCAUUUACAAGAUCAUGAAAAUGAAUUUGAUAAUGAAUUUUUACCAAUUUCACUCAGCUUAACAAAACCUGAUGUUGUGGAAAUACAGUUGACCUUAUUUUAUUUAUUGGUUUCUUUUAUUAUCGCAAAUGGUACUACAGAAGAAAAUGAACAGCCCACAAACUUGGAAGAUAUUGCACACGAAAUUUUAUCACUUUAUUACCUUCUAAUGAUUGAUGAAUCCCAUUUAGGUCAGCCUUCUCAACUUUGUAUUUUACACAUUUUUCCCUGUAAUAAUAAUGAACUAAUCUUAAAUUGUAUCGAAGUAUUGAAUAAUUGGGUAAAAUCACCACAAAAUCAAACGAAUCAAAUGGAUAAUCAACAUAACUGGAAAUCGAGUAAGUAUAAAGCUCUUUUGACCCAGUGGUGCCGUUUAUAUUAUUAUGAUGAUCCGAGUAAUCCGGUUUUACAACAAACAAUCUCGCAUUAUAAGAUUGAUCUCGAAAAGAGUGAUGAUUUACCACCAACCGUGACAGACUGGAAUAUGGUUGAUUAUUUAAAUAGAGUUGUUCAAUUCAACAGUUUGAAUGAUUUAAACAAAAGAUCAAACUUAAUUCGCUCGAACUCAAAUGCGGUUAUGGAUACGAAUCCAUUCGAUAUGUUUUCACAUUCGAAUUCAUUGAAACACAUGUUUGAAAUACCACAAGAUAACAAUAUAAUUGAUAUUUCUGCAUUCAAAUCUCAAAUUCUUCUGCCUAAUCAGGAAUCUGAUGAUGAUGGUUAUGCAGAAGACGAUGACGAAGACGAUGAAGAUAUCGAAUGUAAAAACAAUUAUGAUGGUGGUGAUGAUGAAGGCACAAAACCUUUGGAAAUUCCUUUCAGAACGAAAAGAGCUGGAUCAUUAUUCCAAGAUAAACAUAACCUACCACCUUCGUAUCGUAAUGAUUGUAGACCUAUAAAUUCCAAGGAAACCCCUGAUUCAACGCAGUCUUCUUCUCAUGGCAAACGCAGGACGUUAGAUCAUAUUAUUCUUGGAAACAAGAGUUUUGUCUCACAAAAUGAAGAGGCACCACCUGCAAAAAUACAACAUUUGAACAAUGAUAAACCCUUCUCACAUUCUUACAAUGACUAUUCGCUGAUUCAGCCCACCAAAAAAAUGAUAACGACGGGUAGUUGUGAAAGUGGUACAGGCGCUGGCAGCUGCGGUAGUGCAGGGGGUUGUGGUUCCACAGCUAUCAACUCCGAAGGAAUAAUACUGCCGUCGCCCCCUCCACCAAACAAUGAUCCAUUGAUGUUUAACAAAGGUCCUAUUGGACAUUUGUAUGCAGAAAACUCAAAAAACACGCCACAAAUUGUAGAAACCCCAAGGGCGUUCGUUGAUAUGCUCUUACUAAGAUCACCUAGUCAUUCCAGGGAUCUUGCAAAAAGUUCAUCCAACAAACAAGAAGUAACGAGCUGCAGCAAAUACUCCAAAGACAGUAGUUAUUUAUAA